AUGAGACUUCUAGCACGUUCAAUUGGUCGGCCGCGGAUAUCUGCCAGUCGCCAUGGCAUCGCGACUGUAUCGGGAAGGCGCCAUUUGACCAACAAUGGCUUCUUCCGCGUCUCGGAGGAGGUGCGCGAAGCUCUACACUCCAAAAAGCCCGUCGUCGCGCUCGAGACGACGAUCUACACCCAUGGCUUUCCCUACCCUGAGAACGUAGCCCUCGCAUCCCUCCUCGAAAGCGUAGUCCGAACGAAUGGCGGCAUCCCAGCUACCAUUGGCAUUCUAGACGGUGUAGCACGUGUAGGCAUGGAUCCAGAAGAGCUGAUCAAGCUGGCUUCUUCUGCUGGUAACCCAAACACAAUGAAGCUCUCGCGACGAGACCUCGGCUAUGUAUGCGGUAUGCGACUGACCGAUAAGUCCUUCAAUGGCGGUACAACUAUAUCAGGCACUAUGCUGCUCGCUCACCUCGCUGGCAUCAAGAUCUUUGGAACAGGUGGCCUUGGUGGGGUUCAUCGCGGCGCUGAGUCAAGCAUGGAUAUUUCUGCCGAUUUGACAGAGCUCGGCAGGACUCCGGUCACCGUCAUCUCUAGUGGCUGCAAGAGCUUCCUCGACAUACCACGGACGAUAGAGUAUCUUGAGACCGAAGGCGUGGGCGUAGGAACCUUCGCCGAUGGACGAAAAGGCAAUGUAGACUUCCCUGCCUUCUGGUCGAGGGACAGUGGAGUCAAGAGCCCGACGACCAUUGCGGAUGAGAUCGAGGCGGCUGCUGUCAUAUAUGCGCAACACGCACUCCAAAUCUCAUCUGGUCUCCUCUUCGCCAACCCCGUUCCUACCGAUUUCGCUAUACCCAAAGAUGAAAUGGAUGUAAUCAUUGCCGAAGCUCUGAAACAAGCUGAAGCAGCCAACAUUUCCGGCAAAGACAACACACCUUUUGUGCUUGCCAAGAUCAAAGAGCUCAGCAAGGGCAAGAGCAUACCUGCCAACAGAGCCCUCAUAGAAUCCAACGUGAGACGAGCCACCAUCGUAGCUCGAGAGCUUGCCAUACUUGAAGCAAAGCAGGGAGAAGCCCAAGGCCAAACAGAACCACUACCUCACACCUCGAACCCAGCAGUCAUCACCCAAACACUCGGAGGAGUAGCACACAACAUCGCAAAAGCCUCUCACCUCCUCGGCUCAUUCGUCCAUCUCCACAGCGCCGUCGGCGACGACCUGAGCGGCCGCGCAGCCCUCAGCCAGCUGCAAUCAGAAGGCAUGCCAACAACCGGCAUCAAAACCCUGCCAGCCCCAUCCCGUACAGCCCAAUACGUCGCCAUCAACAACACAAACAAAGACCUCGCCCUCGCCAUGGCCGACAUGUCAAUCCUCGAAACCAUCCCUGUAGAAACCAUCCAAGAACUAGCGACCAGCAUCUUCACCACCACCUCCCCCCGCCCCAGAGUCUUCGUCACAGACGCAAAUUGGUCGUCACCCGCUCUACACACUUGGCUCCAAGCUGCCCGUCACCCAGAUACGACGACGAUCUUCGAGCCUGUCUCUACGGCAAAGGCGCUGCGUAUACUCCCUUCCAGCACAACUUCCAAGGCGGCACAAUCCAUCUACCCUACCCCCCUCGUCGACAUCAUAACACCAAACACGUACGAACUCACCGCUCUCCACGAUUUCGCCGCGCAAUCGUCACUCUUCGAGUCUCCGGAAUGGUUUGGCGUGAUUGAUGCGCUGGGUAUACCCAAUGGCGGGCUGAGAGUUCCCCUCGCUGUUACCGUAGGAAGCGAGUUGGUAGACCAAGGCAUCCCCCAACAAACCAUCAAACUCCUCCCUUUCUUCCCUACUAUCCUGACGAAACUGGGGAGUAGGGGCGUGUUGAUGACGAAACUGCUCUCGAACGAUGCGGAGGAGUUGUAUGAUGAGGGGGAGAGGGCGUAUGUGCUUGCGAGGAACCUUUCGUCGAUGGAUUCAGCUGGUAAAGAUGGGAAAGGCAAGGGCAAGGGCGUUGGCGGUCUGUAUAUAAGACUCUUUCCGGUGGAAAAGGUGCUACAGCCCAGUGAGGUGGUUAGUGUAAAUGGGAUUGGCGACACAUUCUGUGGGGCGGUUGCGCAUGGUUUGGGUAGGGGAAAGGAGGUUAAGGAUGUUGUGGGGUUUGCGCAGAGGGCGGCGGGGGAGAGUUUGAGGAGUAGGGAGGCGGUUGGGGAGGGGUUGAAGGCGUUGACACUUUAG